AUGGAUGUCGCGGCGAUUCCAACACUUUCAAACACCAGGUGGUUUUAUUAUCAACUUUUGGUAAAAUUUUGCUUUGAAAAUCUUGAAAAGAUCGAAAUUUUUGUGAAGGAACUGGAACUUGAAAAUGAAAUUGUCGCAACCCUUGUCAAGCACCACAAUGAAAGUAAAGAGAAGAAGAAACAACAAGAAAAUAAGAGGAGAAAGGAAAAAAUGAACCACUCACAGGACACAACUACAUACGACUUCUACUUCUUCAUGAAUAAGGAAAGGAAAUCUUUUAAAAUAAGAGAUCCGGCCUUCCUGGCAUUCCUGGGUUUUUUCUUCGACUUACUCACUGAGGCUAAGUGCCCUUUUGAUGCUCUUCAAGAGAAGUUUGGCUUAUUUGUUGAUGAAGUAAAUAAAAUUGAUACAUACUUAGAUGACCUGAGAAAAAAGAAGGAAUUGUGCGAAAGGGGGGAUAUUUUACCAUUCAAAUCGGCUUGCAAAUAUCUUUAUUUUGAUUCCCCAAUUAUUAUAAAUAGUUGUGAACGUGUCUUGGGAAGUUAUCUAAGAGCAUUGGAGCUCCGGUUCUGCAAUUGGACCACUGUAAAGCCUGGAUCAAAAAUCGAAGAGUUGGAAGAAGUCAAAGAAGAAUUGGAUGAAUUUCAAAAUAUCGAACCGCUUUUGGAAUCCUUUCUAUUUCCAGGGAAAUUCCUUUAUGACAACAUACUGCUUCCCAAGACCUCAUUUGACCAGUUGAAUGAAGAGCUUUGUGUACUCCAAAAUCUGGUUUGGGAAAAUCAAAAAACAUUGAAAGAGGCGUUCACUAAACAGGAGAAGAAAAAUUUCACGUUAUUGGAAGCCAUACAGAUAUUUGACAAAGUCGAUUUUCCUAUUAUAUCCCAAUUGGUCAAAAUUAUGUUAUGUCUCAUCCCCACAUCUUCCUGCGUCGAAUCUGUAUUUUCUCAUUUCAAAUAUUCAAGAAAAUCCAAUAUGAAGGUGGACACGGUUAACACAAGGUUAAUUCUGAAGUUGGCGACAAACAGUGUGUCUCGAAUGGAACUUGUUUCAGACCAUUGA